AAGGAGGAGCAGGACAAGGAAGGCUGCCGCGCAGCCCGAAGCGGGACGUUCCUGGUCCGGGCCGGAGUACACACGCGCAAUGACGGGGAUAAAUAAGGAACGGUAACGACCGUUAGAGCCAGAUGGACCAGCGCCGAGAUCCGCUUUAACACACCGGUGGCGGUUCAGCGUCGACAUGGAUGAGUUCCAUCCAUUCAUUGAGGCUCUGCUGCCCCAGGUUCGUGCCUUCGCCUACACGUGGUUCAAUCUCCAGGCCAGGAAGAGAAAGUACUUCAAAAAACACGAGAAGAGGAUGACAAAAGAAGAAGAGAGAGCUGUCAAAGAUGAAUUACUGGGGGAAAAGGCAGAGGUGAAACAGAAAUGGGCCAGCCGCCUUUUGGCUAAGCUAAGAAAAGACAUAAGACCUGAAUGCAGAGAGGACUUUGUCCUGUCCAUCACUGGGAAGAAGGCUGCAUGCUGUGUUCUGUCAAACCCUGACCAGAAAGGCAAAAUGAGACGCAUAGACUGCCUCAGACAAGCUGACAAGGUGUGGAGGUUGGACCUGGUGAUGGUUAUCCUUUUUAAAGGAAUUCCUCUGGAAAGCACAGAUGGAGAACGGCUGGUGAAAGGAGGCCAGUGCUCCAAUCCUGUACUCUGUGUCCAGCCACGCCAUAUUUCUGUCUCCGUCAAAGAACUCGACCUCUACCUCGCUUUCUAUGUCCAAGAGAAAGAAGCAGAGCAGAGCAGCAGUCCCAGUCAUGCUGGAGUAAUGUCUGAUCAGGACAGCAGUAGGACAGCUACCAUCGAUGGUCCAGAGUUCCAGGAGAGUUUUGUGGCCUCAGGAGUUUUUAGUGUUGCUGAACUGAUCCAGGUCUCAAGAAUUCCAGUUGUAACAGGAGUAGUGCCUGGUUUCUCUAUGGGGGAUCUGCAGGGUCACCUGGCCUAUGACCUCAACCAGUCUGUCAACCAACCAGUCAGCCUCAAGCGCUCGCUGGCCAGCACCUCAUCUAGCGGAAGCAAACGUCUUAAAUCUGGCUCCAUAGAGGAAGAUGCUGAUAGUCCAGAAGGGGAGUAUUACCACUCACCUUCAUCUCCUGCAAGCAGCUCCAGAAACUGGACUGAUGACCUAGAAGGAGGUUUGUCUCCCCCAGUUAAGAAGGUUGAGCUGGACAGCCCUUCUCCUCAGGAGGACUCACCAAGAAUCAGCUCCUUAACUCAGCACCACCGUCCAGUCAUAGCAGUGCACAGUGGCCUGUCUCUAAGUCCUCAUCCCUCAUCUCUUCACUUUUCAUCGUCUUCCUACUUCCCCCAUGGAGCUAUUCGCUAUCCUCCUCAUCUGGCGCAGGACCCCUUGAAAGAUCUGGUUUCACUAUCUUGUGAUCCUUCAAACCAGUCCCCCAGCUCACUCAACGGCAGCACUCAAGUUAAAAUGCCCGGCCAUUAUAUCUCUGCCCAGAUGUUAGCCCCUCAUGUGCCCUCCCUGACAAGCCCCCCAUCCUCGCACCUCCGACCAGCAGUUCCCACGGAAUCCAAGGCCUCUACCUCUUCGUCUGAAGGGGGAGCUAACUCCCCAACAUCACCUACAUACUCUGCUCCUGGGACCCCCCCUGCCAGUCAGUCCUCCUUCGUUGGAGUCACCCCCCGUGACCCAGGUGGACUCUACCAAGCUCAGUCGUGGUACCUGGGCAACUGAGUGAACUCUGGAGGAAAAAUGAAGGUCAUGACAGUAAUAUCCUGGAGGAAAGGAAACAAUCUUGUCAGGAUAUCACCAGAAGAAAAAUAUACUCCUCACUAUAAUUUCUAUAUGUGCUUGUAGCCAGCGGAGACCAUCUGUUGGAAGUUGGAUAAUAAUGGUUGUUACAGAUGGUCUGUGGAAACAAGCCCAAUUUCCACAUAAAACCUGUGAAUUGGCGCAGAUCUCUGGUAGAUUCUGAUGAACUGCUGAACAGAACCUCACUUCAUGACUUCAGAUCCUACAAAGCUUGAAACUCAACUGCAUCCCAAAAAUGAGGUCUGUUGCUUUUGGAUGUCAGCUUUUACUCUUGGUCAUUUGUUCUGAAUCCAGAUGAAGGCCUAUUUAAGCCCUGACCCCAGCCCCCCAGUCCCCUGAACACUUGGAAUGCCUCUCUCUGCUGCAGGUGCUGCUUAUAAUAUAUGCAAUUAAGCCUCCAUUUUUUUCUAAACUGACUAGAAAGCUAGACCCUGUUUACAUUUAAUGUUUUUUUGCAUUUUCUAGCGGUUAUUGAAUUGAGCUGAAACGGCACAUUUAAUUCUCUCUUUUCUCCUACUAAAGACUGAUUUUUGUCUUUUUUAUGGACAAUCAUGAACAUGAAACCAUUCAUCUUUAUGCACGGCUUGCAUUUUGUAAAUAUUUUUUUUCUUUUUACCAGAAAUAUGAAGUGACAGUGGAAUAUGAGCUCUUAUCAAUGGUUUUCCCAGACAUUUGAAAGAGUAAACAUACUGGAUAUGUGUUUAAUAAAACAACAUUAUAGCCAUGUCUGGUCCUCCCAGAGACACCACGUCCCCGUAAGGUAUCCCAACCUUGUAAGGUAAAGACAUGCUGAGUUAAGGAGUAGUUCAGAGGGUGAGAGGAGGUCCUUUUGAAGUGUGUUUGUGAGCAGUAAAGCAGCUGGGCACAUCUUGGCAAGAACAACAAGGGAGGCCCAUCUAGUUGAUGUUUAUACAUUUGGUAAUAUGAAUAAUUAAUCCCUGGGAUUGAGACAGUGAGAGGACGCUUUGAUGCAGUCAGUUAUUUUCCCUCACAGCCAGAUGAAACGAUGACGUCAUGCUCAUCCCCAAACAGGCUGUGUGUGUUUCAUCUGAGCGUGGUGUAAGCAGUGUGUGUGGUGUUUAGGUCAUUGACGGAGCUGUCUCUAGUCUGGUGUUGUAGGAGAACUUGUUUGCUCUCUUUUCACAGCACAUGAGAGGCUUUGAUAAUGCUGAAUAUAAUCAAUAAUGCGUUCUGAGCGCUGACUCUAGCACCUGUUUAAAGGUCUGAUUGAACCAAUGCAUCAUUUGCCCUCCAUCAUGAGGUAGAUUUGACAGCUCCGAACCAUGUGCACCUGAAGCAACAGAAGCCAUAUUUCAAACACCAUGAUGGACCUUUUUAUGGAAUAAUUAUGCAAGAUUAGCAAGCAACAGUGGCACUGUUCCCUUUUCUCCAUAUGAGCUAUAAACUGCACCUUCACAUCUCUCCUCUUAUAUGGGCCAUUCCCAUCUGUACCGGGUCGGCCCGGGCCGGGUAGCCCCAGUCGGCCCCAGCCUGGCCCGGUUGAUUCCACACAUCCUUGCCUUAAGCCCAUGUGGGCUGAUUCUACCCACCAAUCAGAGGCUUGCUCUAAUGGAAGGUGUGAGUUUGCUGUCAGCAGUGGGUGUGUUGGCCCUGGUCGGCCUGAAGCAGACCCCCUCGAGAAGAGGGCUGAGAAUUAGACUUGUGGGCCAUUCCCAUCUGUACCGGGUCGGCCCGGGCCGGGUAGCGUAGGUUGUUUACAUAUCUGGGUGGCCUGGUAUUUUUCCGGGCCAACCAAGGCUCAUUCUCAACCCUCUUCUCGAGGGAGUCUGCUUCAGGCCGACCAGGGCCGACACACCCACUGCUGACAGCAAAUUCACACCUUCCAUUAGAGCAAGCCUCUGAUUGGUGGGUAGAAUCAGCCCAUUCACACCUUCCAUUAGAGCAAGCCUCUGAUUGGUGGGUAGAAUCAGCCCACAUGGGCUUAAGACAAGGAUGUGUGGAAUCAACCGGGCCAGGCUGGGGCCGACUGGGGCUACCCGGCCCGGGCCGACCCGGUACAGAUGGGAAUGGCCCAUUGGUUGGCCCGGAAAAAUACCAGGCCACCCAGAUAUGUAAACAGCCUACGCUACCCGGCCCGGGCCGACCCGGUACAGAUGGGAAUGGCCCAUUGACUGACACAUCACACCUUAUUCUCACUUUGCUUUGAAGGAGAAAAUCCUGAGUAUAUGGACGUUUUCUUAAAGAGAAAGUUCUUUGUUGACAUAUGUUGUUUUUAUGCAGCUGUGAAACAGCCUGUAUUUGUCUCUACGUGUAAAAGAAAGCAAAACCGAUUUCAGAUUAACAGCUCAGCUGGUUAUGUUGAGUUGUAAGGGAUCAUUAAAGAGGAUCUCUGAGGUCAGCCAGAUCACCAUGACAACAGUGAUUUGACAGAUUCCUUUUCUGAUGAAAUCCAGGAAGAACAAUCAGAAAUAAACAGCAUUUCUAUGUCCUCAUAGUUCUGUCUGAUACUGGAACAAUCUAAUCAAAUAGAUGCAAAAACCCUGAAGGUUUAAAGAGUUUUUAUUGUAGGUCUUCCUUAAAGUAUACCAGAGUUUACAGUAUUACUGUCAGCCUAAAAGAUGUAUUGUGUUAUUACAGGUAAUUUAGGGCAUUUUAAAAGUUUCAACUAUAUUUUUUAACAUUAGUUGCAGGUUAAGAUCUGGCUUAUGUAAUAUUUAUGUGUGGCUAUAAACCAAGUAACAAAGUGAUGUAAACAAGAAGAAGCAGCUGUUUGGAUUGCUGGUGUACCUUAUUACCUGCUCCACUGUCAUCUUCAGGCGGAGCUCUGAUGGUUAAUUAGACGGUGUCAUUUUGAUUUUACAGUUUUGAUUCCCGACCUAAACAGCUGCAGGUAUUAACUCAUUCACUGAAACUGUUUCCUCGUUUGUUUUGACUGGGAAUGUCGUUUUUCUUAUCAGGACCUUUCUUUCCAUCCUUUCCCUCUUGUGCAGCCCACGGUUCUUCAGAAUGACAUCCCACAGUGAGCACAGAAAACAAAACACUUUAAAGACAAAAUCUUGAGAGGAGAUUGUUUGACAGCAAAAUAAAAAUGCCAAAGUGGCCCCUUUUGGCAAAAUUUUCUGCCUUUUUUUUUUGGUAAUUUUUUUAGAAGGGUAAAAUAUAACAUAUUAGAUUUCGCCCUGCGAUGGACUGGCAACCUGUCCAGGGUGUACCUCGCCUGAUUGCCCAUUGACCGCUGGAGAUAGGCACCAGCGACCCACCCCCCGCGACCUUGCGUGGACAAGCGGGUUCAGAAGAUGGAUGGAUGGAUGGAUAUUAGAUUUCUUUAGUAAUCUAUUUAAAAAGAUUUAGUAGAAUACAAUUCUUACUGCACUUAAAGAGAGAAAAAACAGGCCUUGACAUAAUGGUGCAUUUUUCAUACAAUAUAAAUGUUUAAAAAGUUGGUAAUCAGAGAUGAAAUUACAUAAAAUAUUUAUUAGAAAGGAGGUAAGGCACGAACAAAAGUGAGAUAACCAAAGCAAGUCAAGACUUUGCAGAGGAUAAAAUCGUGUUUCUGUUCCCAUCAGCUGACGGGUGGAUCAGUAAACUGCUCAGAAAUCGCUAACAUCACUUUUCUAAGUGAUUGAUGCACACAGAGGACUAUAACCCAGAGCCUCCUUUAUUAAACAGAAAGAUCCAACUUCAGGUGCAUCUUCACGCUGAACUGUGGUUGGCUCAAUAUUCACUGAGUUUUAAACUUUUCUCCAGUGUUUGCACAAAAUGGGACCAAAUAGAGAAAUCGUGUGAUGCAGCGUGAAAUUCCACCAUUAGAUGGCUUUAAACCAGGGGUGUCAAAUAUGCGGCCCGCGGGCUGGAUCUGGCCCGCAAGCGGAUUAAAUCCGGCCCCCGAGAUGGUUGUGUAAACUUUAUUUUCAUACUUUACAAUGUAGAGUGAAAAUAAACGUAUCUUUGUGAGCAACUUUUCUCUGUAAUGAGUAUAAAUAAAACAAAGCUGCGCUCAAGGCUCACACAAGAACUUGAAUCACAUCCUGAAGUUGGCCGCCACUCAGGGUGUGACUUCUGAUAUUGAUGUUCUGGUGAAAGCUAAAACAUGUAAAGUAAAAUGAGUCAAAUAUACUUUAAGUGCUGCAUGAAACUGAUCUUGCCAUGUGAUCAGUAAGCUCUUUGAAUCACUAAGGAAUGUUUUUUUUUAUUUGUUGAUUUUUUUAUUUUUUUUUUUUCAAAUUUUUCAAGUACACUUCAGGUGUUGUACUUGUGUUACACUGUCCUCAGGCUCCAGCCUUGUUUUAUAUUGAUUGUAUUAAAACAAAGAAAACAAUCUGAAGUUUUUUUUUUUUUUACCGGUCUGGCCCACUUGGGACUAGAUUUCCCUCAAUGUGGCCCCUGAGCUAAAAUGAGAUUGACACCCCUGCUUUAAACAGAAUAACUGCAUUUAAAUAAACAUUUUGUUCAAAGUAGAAUUCAGUCAUGAUAAGAGCUAAAGCCAGAUUGUACCAAGCCUUACCAGAACUUUUUGUGGAGAAGAGGGGCCUUUUCAUUUGCCCCCCUAACUCUGAAAUACACUCUUAAGUCUGUACUGAAGGCCUGUCUUUAUCUUUUAGCUUUUGGUCAGUGAACCAGUUUUUCCACCUGUCGCUCACCUAUGUGUGUUUUAUUCUACUCUGCUUUCUCCGUUCACCUUUCUUAUCUAUCAGUAUUUUUUAUGUUUAAUUCACAUUUUUAGUAUUUCACUAAUACUGUAUUUAACCUUACUUUGUCACUUUGUCUGCUCUUCUAUUCAGCCAUUUUUACCGUGGACCGUCCUUGUUUGUUUUUGAGCAUCACCUUGGUCAGCUGUGAUGCUGUUUUUAAAUGUUCUCAAUAAAUAACGUCAGUAUGGUAGUUUCUUUAAAACUGAUCCAGGCUGACAAAGUGCAGCUUGUCAGGUUGGGGUAAUUACCUCACUGCGUUCUCCUGUCGUAGUCAAAAACAGAGUAACUGAUACAGAAAUUUAAGAAUGGUACCUUUUUGAUCUCAUUUUAAAUGAGCAGUCGAUAGUUUUAUUAUUAUUAUUUAUUUAAAUAUAAAGUCACUUUUAAUGUUGUUUGGGAUUUUUGACACUGUGCAUUGUUGCAGUCAGAAUGGGCGUAGCAGGGAGGCGUUCAUGUUUAUGAUAUGUGUAAAAUACACUAUAUUUUUUAUAUACUACAUAUUUAGUCCCACAGAUACAGUAUUUGUAUUGGAUUCAGAUUCUUGAUUAUUUGAAAUUAUGCACCUGCAGCCAAGAUGCUGCAUUUGAUCUGCUUUAUUUUUGUCUGAACAUGCAUGUGAUGCAUUAUGACGGUACUUUGAGGGAAGCUUUGUUCGGAGGUCAUCGGAAACCCAACUCUUUGAACCUUUGCAGUUUUGCUGCAGAAAUCCGACCAAAUGAAUAAAGAGUAUAUAUAGCUUUAAAGCACUGACACUAGGGUCACAUGGUUCCUAAAUCGGUCUUCUUUGAACCUACUCAGCCAAUUAAAGCUGAACCACCCCCUCCUGUUCACAGGCACCUUUUCUCUCUAUCUUUAUUGGGAUGUAAAUAAAUUUUGUGCCAAUAUGGUUACAAACCACUGGGGCAAAAGAAAGUUGGCCUGAAGCUUUAGUGUUCUGUUUGGCGGUGCGCUAACUUGAAGAAUGCAUUGCUCAGCAGGAUGAUGCGCAUCUGCAUGACACCAGUGGAUAGUGGAUGGAAGGGCUGUUUUUGUUUGAACUCUCUUAAUAGCCAUGCUCUCUUGCACAACAAUUCACGAAACAUAAUGUGCCUUUUACAGCUAGAAAACAAAUUGUUUAUUGAAAAUCUAUCUGGUGUUUGCGCCUAUAAAAGCUGCAGGUGGGUUUGUUGCUAACCAGCGUUGCAGGCUAACAGAUUAAAGUUGAAGUCUGGGGGAAGUGGAAGGCUCUAAAGGAUGAAAUGGUUUCAUUUUCUUCUACAAGAGAGAAUUUGGAAGGAGGAUGUUUGUUGUUUUCUGGAUUGACUGAUUGUCUGAAGUGAGUGGUGACUGUAAGGUAAAUGUGGAACAUCAAUCACACACUUACUAGUGUGGGUGUGUGUUGUGGAUGAAGAAGGUUUGGAGCAUGGUGGAUUCUGAAAGAUAUGUUGGUGUCCUCCCUAAAUGUUCACAAGAUAAACAUUUUUUCUGACAUUCUGCAUACCUUUGUUACAUUUUUAAGUAAUGCUUGCUGUGUUAGUUGCAUGAAUAAUGAAAUAAUGCAAGCAGCAUCGUUGUCAGUAUUGCAAAAAAAAUUUUGGCUAGCAUUCAGCCAGUGAGGCCAAGCUGCUAAAAGCUAACAAUAUUUCAAACAUAUUCACUUUUAGACUUCCAGGCUUCUCCAACUCUCUGACUCCUCAGGAGUUCAUCACACAUGUGGGCAGUCUUGUCACCAGACCAAAGGCCACGCAUCCUGUUUCUACUCAGCUUGGAUUUUAACUUCAAUUUUUCUUUCAAAUACUAUUGUCAUAAUCUUCCUUGUUGAAUAAUCGCUUUAAAACACAGCAAUAUGUAUAAAAUAUUUAUAGUUUUUAACUUAAUCUUGAUUGAGAAUGAUGUUGAUUAAAUUUAUUUUAUGGGUCUUUAAAUAGUGGCUACAUCCCACAAUAAAUUGAUGAAGAAAACCGAGAAAUUGUGAUUUUAGAAGUGAAAUUGACAAUUAAUGAAUGUGGAGGAUUGAGAUUGCAACACAUUUAAAAUAGAUGCAAUAUUAGGCUCAUUAUGUAUUUCAUUAACUUCAGUUUCGUUUUGCUGUUGUACUACUCUAUAAUGUAAUUUUUCUUUAAACUCUGAAGGAAUGCUGCCGUUUCUGUGUCUGUCCUAAUAAAAUAAAAUUUUAUGGCAUAAAGAUCACACCUGAAAGUAUUUUUGGUGGGGGCAGAAAAAAGCCAUACAUGAUGGCUUUAUAUGACUCUGAAUCAGGACUUGGUAAGAGGUCAGUGAUAGAAGUCCUCUCCCCUCCAUUGUUCAGAGCGCUGAGGUGAGACAUGGGCUGUAUAAAUGUAGACGAACAGAUUAGGUCCAAAGUGAGUUGAACAGCAACACACGGUCUACUAGGUAAACCUGAUCAGGUUGGAUGUUAACUAAACAAUAAUCUAUCCAUAAAGGGAUGGGUACAUCGCCUAACAUCUGGUUAUUUUACUUAACAUCUGAGUUACAGUGGGUUGCAUCUAACAUCCUUUUACAUUGUCUUCCACCUGGUUACAUUGACAUCUAAUUGCAUCUAAACUUGGGUCACAUGACCAAACAUGUGGUUAUAUUAUCUAACAUCUGGUUACAUUGCUUAAGAUUGGGUUACAUUUUCUAAAUUCAGGUUAAAGCUUUAAAUCUCUUGUUACAUCUAAAACCUGGUUACAUAACCCCAUAUACAGCUUCAAACAUCUGGUUACAUCUUCUGUCAUCCCAUCAUCUGGUUACUCGUUAUAUUUCCUUAUAUUUGGUUAAAUUUAUUAGCAUCUGGUUACCUCAUCUAACAUCUGAUUACAUUGUAAUUAUUAUAAUGAUUUUAUUUUUUUUUAUUUUUUUUUUUGGUUAGACUCAACCAUAGUUGGAUUUCUUCAAGCCUUUCGAGCAUUAAAGGUGCAUUAUGUAAGAAUGUAGUGAGAAAAUUCCAAAAGAGUUUCUUUCUGUCAUUUUGGAAGGAAGGUUGUACUGAAACAUAUUUCAUAUCCAGCUGUGGGGAUUGUCUGUUUUUCUCCUUUCAAAACAAGGAAGGAGGGACGUAACUUCUGUUUACCAUCAGUGAGUGUGGGGGUGCCGUGUCCAACUAUUGUAAUUUGACGACGGCCGGCAAAAGCUCCAGAGUUGUUUUAUUGGUUGCAGGAACCAAAUUUUACCACAGGAUGCAAUUUUUACUUCAUUUCUACAUAAUGCACCUUCAACCCUCUGGAGGCAGGCGUUGCAGAUUAGCAACGUUAAAACCUACCUACCUGGUUACUCCACAUAUGUAUUUCAUGAGCAUUUUUUAACUCGGAAGUACCCCUGAAGGACUUAAUCCGGGCGUACACUGCGACUUUUUCACUUUUUUGAGCUGAUUUUCCACUCGUGCGAGAAUCCACGAGAUCGGGGCGAGUUUUGCGCCGAGCGUCGUGUAGUGUACAGGGGGUUACGAGAGGCGAUUAACACCACGUGACCAGCUGCCGAUCAGCAGUCGUGAGCUCGCACGGACUUCUGGCGUGUUUAAUAUUUCGCUCGUCCCUCGUGAGGGUAUCGCACUGUUGAAGCGGCGCUGCGAGCAGCUGCGACCCAAAAUGUAUCAGAACCGCUCACGGCGCAUGCGCAAUCCUGCAUCAACGCCGCUCGCCCGCUAUUUCCCUAAUAACACACGUUGUUCGUUUUUGUUUCUACAAGUUUUUUUACUCACAAGGAUUGUCAAGAAAGCGUGUUUGUCGUGUUCAUGUCAACUUAAACUGAUCACAAAACACAGAUUUACUUUCUUUAUUUCGUUUUCCUCAUCCAACCCCCAUAAAUCCCUGUGUGUCCUCCUGCAGCACUCCCGAAGGACAACAGGCAAGACAAGACAAAAAAGGCUGACGUGUUGAGUAAAAACUGCUAUUUUUAGCAUAUUUUUAGGGCCGACGUGUUGCUACCAGACGUACAGUGUGAGCAAUCAGGUCGCAACCGAGAACUGGGUCGUGCAGUGUGAGCACAUGACUCGUGAGAUCUGCCCUGCGAGGAAGUCGUACAGUUUGAGCUGAAGCUGAGGGCUACGAGUGAAAAAGUCGCACGGCGUACGCCCAGCUUUAGUUGUUCGUCCUUUUAUCAAAACUUAUUUUGGGCAAAUCUGCAACGCCUGCCUCCAGAGGGUUAAAAUAACACUGAUAAGGUCACAUUAGGGUUCAACUACAACCAGCAUUGGUUUUUUGGAAGUAUUUUGAUUUGAGUCGCUUUGUGUUUACCCCUUAUUAACAAUUGGGAUGGUGACCUGCUAAAGAACACAUACAGACCUUUGGCUCCAACAGUCCGAUCACAGCAGGAUAAUGUGAGAAAAAGGGGCAAAUGUUUGUGAAAAGGAGAACAUUAAGUACAGUUGUGUCAUGUGAUCAUUUGGAUGAACUGUGAUGUUUCAGUGGUAGAGGGGUUUGUGAUGUGUACCUGGGUCAUUUGUAUGAUUAAUACGUGGAUAGAAAUUAAAUUAAUCAGAUAAUUCCUGAAGAAUGGUGAAUUGUUAGAAUAUUGUUGAGUGUGUACACACCUGUCAUGAUCUACAUUAGAACAUCAGAGUUCCCAUUUCUGUUUUCCAUUUGCUAAUAAUUCUGAUCUUUAAUACUUCAGACUGAAAACAUUCAAACUCACCCAUUUUCCCCUGUGAUGUUUGAGUGUCUCCAUCAGACAAAACACACAUUUACUCAUGUUUUUUUUUUUACUAUCUUUUAUACUAUUUACCAGCGCGGUAGAAGGUAUGCUGCUGUAAAUAAAAGGAACGUUGCUUAGGACUUCCUGAGACCAGAACAACAUUCUUUCUCAGUUCAAUGCAAAACAGUUUUACCAACUGUAAUAUGUGCCAAGUUCCACAUUGUUCAGUAUAAUUCAAGUCACGGGAAAAUCUGUACAGCUUGGGGUUUGAUAGGAUGGUGAGUGUUUAAUAAGAACUGCUGAUUGCAUUCAAGUUGAGGAGACGCAUCAUUUAGUGCUUCCCAAGUAACAGCCACUUAGUGCUUAUAUAUCCAUAUUGUGAGGACAAGUACAUCGUGUACUUAUCUAGGUUUGGCUGAUGUAGUAGUAUAGCACAGAAAAUAAACGGCUUGCUUGUUUUUUUUUUUUUUUGUUUUGUUUUGUUUUUUGUUGUUUUCACUUACUCCCUGAAGCAAAGACAAAAACAAAUGCCCUCUUUAGUCAGGAGGCUCUAGAACCGCAGGCAGGGUAGGAUUUGUUUACUGGAUACUAUUAACGCAUAAAAUAAAUAAAAAGUUUGUUAUCAAAUAUGAACCGGUGCCCAACAGACUACGUAACAUCCAUUUGAUCAAUGAAAGGAAUUUAAAAAGUGAAACCAGCAAGCUCAGCUAAAUGCUAACAUGCUGUUCAUACAUGGGUGUGCUUAUUGAACCUGGUGGCGUUUCAAAAGCCCCAUUCCCACCUGUACCGGGUCGGCCCGGGCCGGGUAGCGUAGGUUGUUUACAUAUCUGGGUGGCCUGGAAUUUUCCCGGGCCAACCAAGGCUCAUUCUCGGCCCUCUUCCCGAGGGGUACUGCUUCAGGCCGACCAGGGCCAACACACCCACUGCUGACAAGAAAUUCACACCUUCCAUUAGAGCAAGCCUCUGAUUGGUGGGUAGAAUCAGCCCAUUCACACCUUCCAUUAGAGCAAGCCUCUGAUUGGUGGGUAGAAUCAGCCCAUUCACACCUUCCAUUAGAGCAAGCCUCUGAUUGGUGGGUAGAAUCAGCCCAUUCACACCUUCCAUUAGAGCAAGCCUCUGAUUGGUGGGUAGAAUCAGCCCAUUCACACCUUCCAUUAGAGCAAGCCUCUGAUUGGUGGGUAGAAUCAGCCCACAUGGGCUUAAGACAAGGAUGUGUGGAAUCAACCGGGCCAGGCUGGGGCCGACUGGGGCUACCCGGCCCGGGCCGACCCGGUACAGAUGGGAAUGGCCCAAAAGUGUGUGAAUUAGGGCCCUUUUGGCUUUCCAUACUUCCCCCUGCCUGGUACUCAUGUUUACUGCUACAGGUUUCUUCAGACAUCUUCUACUCAUUUUUUCUGUUUUAGCGUUUUAACAAAAAGAAGUAAAGACCAAUGUCCAAUUCUGGCCGAGCAGUGAUUUCCUGUGACUAAUGCUUUCUUGGACUGGUGCAAUGGACCAGACUUCUGUAUUAUGGUUCAGUGAUGCAUAAGCAAUCCCCUCGCUCUCUCUCUCUCUCUGAUAUCAAUAAUCAAUAGAUAAUCGGUUCAUAGAGAGAUCCUCUAGUGCCUGAAAACAAAAGACAACCUGGUGAAGUAGAAUUAUCUGUCUCGGUUUAGUUUUUUUUUCUGCAUCGGACUGUCUUAUCUCUUCCCAGAUUAGAACUACAUCAUAUGUACAACGUUGGUUUUUGUCCUUUUCUAACAGAUAAGUGUACUACAAUGUUCUGGUCCAGCAUUUCACCUUUUCCAGGGUUCCUCUAAAGAACUCUAUCAUUGUGUCAACAAAAAGAAUCAAAAACAAUAAGAUGGAGAAAACCGAUGCAUCUGUUUUUUUUUUAAACUGGACCUCUGACUUGGAAGGUUACUGAGAAAGGGCUACAGCUUUAGGCUACAACUCUUUUAAAAAUCUGAAUUUUUUUAUUUGUUUUUUGCAUGCAUGCUUUUGCAGCAAACACCUGUAUUUGCCAUCUGUUUCCCAUAUUGGUGUAUGUUUCCUUAUGAAUGUAUCAUACUUUGACAAAUUUCAUAAACAUAUGCACCCAAAAUUUUAUUAAUCUGCUGUGGGGAAAUUAGCAUUUGAUAAUAUGCAUUUAGACCCAUAUUUACCAUUUGUAUAAGAGUCUAAUGAAUUUAUUACUGGAAAUGUAAACGUUUCCUUAUGCAAAAAUUAUGCCAUUAUUAAACAAGCUAUUCAACUACUCA